UUGAACCAAUUCUGUCCUACAAUCUCAGAAGUGACAAUCUGGGCUUCGUUUGCGCCGCAAGAACUCUUUUUACCUUUCAAUAUCGAAUCCGAGGACGAUGCUGCGGGUCAGAUGUCUGAGAGGAGGUAGCAGGGGAGCUGAAGCAGCUCACCUUAUUGGAGCUAUGCUGGGCCGAGCUGUGACUGGAUGGGUACAGAGGGCAUUCCAGAGCACGUCAAGUUCAGCAGCUGCCAUUCAGUCCCAGGUGAUUGUGGAGGACACUAUUACUGAACCCGUUACCCCGGAAUGUCCAGUCUGUGCCUUCAAUGAAUGGGACCCACUUGAAGAAGUCAUUGUUGGCAGAGCCGAGAAUGCACGUGUGCCCCCGUUUACAGUGGAGGUCAAGGCUAACACGUAUGAGAAGUAUUGGCCCUUCUACCAAAAAUUUGGGGGUCAGUUGUUUCCUGAGGACCACUUGACGAAAGCCAUUGCUGAAAUUGAGGAAAUGUGCAAUAUUCUCCGUCUGGAGGGGGUUACUGUGAGGAGGCCAGAGCCUAUUGACUGGUCUUGCCAAUACAGCACACCAGAUUUCACAUCUACAGGCAUGUAUGCAGCUAUGCCCCGAGACAUUCUUCUUGUUGUUGGAAAUGAAAUUAUUGAGGCUCCAAUGGCAUGGAGGUCCCGCUUUUUCGAGUACAGAGCCUACAGACCUCUCAUUAAAGAGUACUUCAGAAAAGGUGCAAAGUGGACCACAGCUCCAAAACCCACCAUGUCUGAUGACCUGUAUGAUCAGGACUACCCAAUUCGAUCUGUGGAAGACCGGCACAUUCUUGCCUCUCAAGGCAAGUUUGUCACCACUGAGCAUGAGCCUUGUUUUGACGCAGCUGACUUCAUCCGUGCUGGAAGGGACAUAUUUGUCCAGAGGAGUCAGGUGACAAACUAUAUGGGGAUUGAAUGGAUGCGUCGACACCUCGCACCCGACUACAACAUACACAUCAUCUCCUUCAAGGACCCCAACCCCAUGCACAUUGAUGCCACCUUCAACAUCAUUGGGCCUGGCCUGGUGCUGUCCAAUCCAGACCGGCCCUGCCGCCAGAUUGAUAUGUUCAUCAAGGCUGGCUGGACUGUGGUGAAGCCUCCAACACCUCUGAUUCCCGAUGAUCAUCCCCUGUGGAUGUCCUCUAAGUGGCUCUCGAUGAAUGUUUUAAUGCUGGAUGAAAAACGAGUCAUGGUAGAUGCCAAUGAAAUAUCUAUCCAAAAGAUGUUUGAACGCCUUGGAAUUAGACCAAUUAAGGUGAACAUUCGUCAUGCCAACUCCCUGGGAGGGGGAUUCCACUGCUGGACAACUGACGUGCGUCGCCGUGGUACCCUGCAGUCUUAUUUUAAUUAACCCAGUCAGAAAUUGACAGUUUUUAUUGAGCUUGCAAGGGUUCAGUACAAUGAAUGAUGAGCAAAUUAUUUUCCCUUGCAAAUGAAGUGCAUGAACCAUAUUGAUUAAACAGUGCUGUGUGUGACAGUGUUCUUGCAAAAAGCUUUGUUCAAAAAAUGGCAAUCAAAAACAUAUUAAUGGAACUGGAUAGCUCUCAAUAAUAACUGCAUUUCUGGCUGGCUGUUAACAUCUAUUGUAAUAAUUGACUUUUUUUCAUCAGAUUCCAUCAAUUAUACAAUAGAAAAGGAACACUUAAGGGUUACUUGCGGCUACAGACAUGGAUAGAGGAGGGAUUUUUGAAUGUUAUUCUACCUCCUUUAAGAAAACAAAUAUCCGAUUGUACACCAGACAUUGUUUCCAGUUUUUCCUUUAAAAUUUUGUAAAUUUCUUCAAAAAGACCAGAAAUGUUCAUUUAAAUAAUGAUAUCAUCAUAACAUGCAAUUAACUUGUUUACUCAGGUAUUUUCUAAUGUUUAUUUAUUGUUUUGUCAUUUAUAUUGGAUUCAUUGUUUCCCCUUCAAUUUAUGUUUUGAUAAGUAUUCUACAGAACUGUCGGAGGUCCAAAUUUAUUUCAUUAGCCUUCAAGCAUACCUUGUGUCUCAUUUCUUAUAUACAAUGGCAGCCUUUUGCCAGUUACCAUAUGCACCAUUUUACUUUUACUGGACUGCUUGGCUGCUUUUUUUUGCAUGUAUCUUUGUUAUGUUAAAACUUUUCAGAUUUACAAUGCACAUGCAUUUAUUCUUUAUUUGACUUGUCAAUUAUGCACAGCAAUGUCUUGUAUCUUUAUAGAUUUGUUAUUUUACCGAAUUGCAAUUGCUUGUCUGAGGUCAAGUAACAAUCAAUUCAACGAAUAAAACGUCGUGAAUGAAAUGUGAAAAAUGUUUUUUCCCCUCCAAAGUAUGCAUACGUCUUUAAAUGCCAAUAAAGAAUGAUUGCAAAAUUGA